AUGGUGCCGAAGAUUGACGAACACCUUGUACGGUCGCUGGGCGACGAGACAUGGAAAGCUGCGUGGAACGUGUAUUCGUUGGGUACUCACCCAGAUCACCGGAAACGCGGGGUUGGCAAAGCGCUGAUAGAUGUGGUCAUCCAAAAGGCAUCUGAGGCUGGCAAGCUCGUGACACUGGGUGUCAUGGAGGAAGCUCCCGUUACGGUCGAGUUGUACAAGGGAUGGGGCUUCGAGGUCAGAGGAGAAUCUAUUCCACUCACAGCGAGGCUUGGUACAUGCUACUUUUCGCUGAUGGCUAAGACUCCUUGA